AGAGAAAAUAUCCAUCACGCCGUAAAAACCCUCUCUUGUCCCCUGGUUUCCCCACGCGAUCUCCCAUCCCGCCGCCGCCGCCAUGGCGUUCGCCGCGCGGAGGAGCCUGGCCUGCGGCCUCUCCCGCCACCUCGCCCGCCGUCUCCACCCGUCCCUCCCCCACCUCGUCCCCUCCCACCACGACCGGAGCGGUGACCCCUCCUGCUCCUCCCCUCCGCCGCCUCCUCCUACCCACCACCCCUCGUGGUUUCCCUCCGGUGACCUCCGCCGAAACCUAACCCUCCCCCUCCCCUUCGGCGCCCACCGUAACUUCUCCUCCGGACCCGAGGUGGACACCGUCCUCUCCGACGCUGCAUCCUCAGUUCUACCCGCGCCGCCUUUCCCGGGGGAGGUGGCCGCCGCCGCCGCCGCCGACUCGUUCCCCCCGUUCGCCGCCGCGCAGCACCUCAUCGACGCCGUCCAUUCCUUCACCGGGCUCAAUUGGUGGGCUUCGAUUGCGCUGACGACCGUGCUGGUCCGGGCCGCGACGAUCCCGCUGCUGGUGCGCCAGUUCAAGGCCGAGAGGACGAUCAAUGCAUUGAAGCCAGAAGUUAAAGCAAUCGAGGAGGAUAUGUUAAAUUCAACGGACCCACGUGCGAAGCAAGAGAGGAAUAAGAAAUUGAGUGAGCUAUACAGAAAGCAUGGUGUUAGUCGAUUGACACCGUAUAACCUUCUAUUCAUCCAAGGGCCUAUCUUCAUAAGUUUUUCCUGUGCUAUAAGUAACAUGAUAGAGAAAGUCCCUUCUUUCAAAGAAGGUGGAGCAUUUUGGUUUACUGAUUUGACAACUCCUGACGAGCUUUACAUCCUCCCGGUGUUGAUAUCAAUGGCAUUCGCUGCGGAUGAGAUCAAUAUAAAAGCAAGCAGAAGUCCUAUCCGGCAAAACAUAAAGAUUGCGAACAGAGUACUGGCAGUUUCGAUUGUACCAUUAUCAAUGAGCUUUUGCAAGGCACAUUUCUUCUACUGGGUGCCAUGGACCUUGUUCUCUCUUGCGUGUCGAUUUGCUUUCCGGAAUCCAGCCGUAAGGCAAUACAUGAAUAUUCCUCCAGUCGUACCACGGCAUGUACCUGCUGUGCAAGUGUCGACCUCCAAGGGGCCAAAGCCAAUUCCAACAUUUGAUUCAUCGCCUGCAGUUAAUGGAUCUGAGCAGUCUAGUUCUGAGCCUAGGGACAAGAGUGUAGAUGUUGAGAAGAAGCGGCGAACCCCUAGUGUGAUAACUAUCAGAGUGCGAGAGUAAUAACCAACAGAAUACUUUGAUCCGAAGGAGGACCCUGUCUUGUACCACCGGCAGCAGCGGCAUCCUCGUGCUGAUUCGGUGGCGGUGCCAUCAUGGUUUUUAAUGUGUCCUGGAAAUUUGCCUGUUUUAGGCACUUAGGCACUUAGGCGAUAAGAAGGAGGACCCUGUCUUGUACCACCGGCAGCAGCGGCAUCCUCGUGCUGAUUCGGUGGCGGUGCCAUCAUGGUUUUUAAUGUGUCCUGGAAAUUUGCCUGUUUUAGGCACUUAGGCGAUAAGAUGGGGGUAGAAUGUCUUGCCGCCUUAAAAACCAUGGGUGCCAUUGUCAUGAACGAUCUGGCUUGGCGAAAGCAGAGUUCGGUGGGACUGCGGUGAUAUGUUUAGAGUUUAAUUGGGCUUGGGAUGCAGUUCUUUUCCUUGUCCAUCUCAAACUGACAGGAUUGGGUGUAACACUGUAGUAUAGGCCUUCCGUUGUGUUGAUCAUGAUUAAGGCAUGUAAAUACAUUCAUUAGAACAUUACAGUUGGGCAUUGUAGGAAAUUCUCAUAUAUCUACUCGUGAAACCCUGAUUGGGUUAUUCUGCA